UUCCGGGAACGCGGGAGUCGCCGAUUCUGGGAGGGUCGCUAUGGGGACCCAGGGGGGUUCCAGGGCACACUUCGGGGACGAGGCUCUGCUUUAGGCCCCACCGAGUCUUCUCCAACCCCUUCCGGCCCAGGCGCAGGCUCUCCGUAAGCGCCCUUCGGCAUGGGGGAACCCGAGGAGAUGGUGCCCGAUUCGGGUGCUGUGUUUACGUUUGGGAAAACUAAAUUUGCUGAAAAUAUUCCCAGCAAAUUCUGGUUUAAAAAUGAUAUACCUGUAUAUCUUUCAUGUGGAGAUGAACAUACUGCUGUUAUUACAGGAAAUAAUAAGCUUUUCAUGUUUGGCAGUAACAACUGGGGUCAGUUAGGAUUAGGAUCAAAAUCGACUGUUAACAAGCCAACGUGUGUCAAAGCUUUAAAACUGGAAAAAGUGAAAUUUGCUGCCUGUGGAAGGAACCACACCCUAGUUUCAACAGAAGGAGGCAAAGUAUAUGCUGCUGGAGGAAAUACUGAAGGACAGCUGGGACUUGGUGAUACUGAAGAGAGAAACACUUUUCAUCUAAUUAGUUUUUUUACAUCCCAGCAUAAGAUUAAGCAACUCUCUGCUGGGUUUAACACUUCAGCUGCGCUGACUGAGGAUGGAAAGCUUUUCAUGUGGGGUGACAAUUCUGAGGGACAAAUUGGUUUACAAAAUAUAGCUAGUAUAUGUGUCCCUCAUCAAGUGACCAUUGGAAAACCUAUCUCCUGGAUCUCUUGUGGAUAUUACCAUUCAGCUUUUGUAACAACGGAGGGAGAACUGUACACCUUUGGAGAACCUGAGUGUGGGAAGUUAGGUCUUCCCGAAAAGCUGCUGGUGAAUCACAGAGUGCCCCAGCUGGUGCCUGGAAUUCCUCAGAAGGUGAUCCAAGUAGCUUGUGGUGGAGGGCACACAGUUGCGCUCACAGAGAAUGCCGUGUACAGCUUUGGGCUGGGACAGUUUGGUCAACUGGGUCUUGGCACUUUUAUUCUUGAAAUUGCAGAACCCAAAGCCAUUGAGAAUAUUAAGGAUCAGAAAAUAAGUUAUGUUUGCUGUGGAGAAAACCACACAGCUUUGAUAACAGAUUUAGGCCUUAUGUAUACUUUUGGAGACGAUCGACAUGGAAAAUUAGGACUUGGACUGGAGAGUUUUGCCAAUCAGUUCGUUCCUACUUUCUGUUCUAAUUUUUUGAAGUUUAUAGUACAGUUGGUUGCUUGCGGUGGAUGUCACAUGCUAGUUUUUGCCAGUCCACGACUUGAUGUGGCAGAAGGCGUUGAGUUAGUUGAAAUAAAUGAUCGUUGCUUACCUUCAGCUACAUCUGUGCCCAUCAGUGAUCUGACUUCAGGAAACGUACUGCAGAGAUCUUUAUCAGCACGUGUGCGGCGAAGAGAGAGGGAGAAAUCUCCAGACUCUAUUCAAAUGGCAGGAACACUACCUCCAAUUGCAGGGACUCUCGUACCAACUGUUUGUUUUCCACCUCGUUCAGUUCCUUUCAGUAUGUCUACAACUAAUCUGCUAGAGAAAAUGAUGCCUGAUAAAGAGGGCCCUAUGCCGCCAAUGGAACCAGAUUAUUUUCAACAAAAAAUAACCAAAGGGAAAGAGACAGACAAUUUUUCAGCAGAGGAUACAGAAAGCCUUGGAGAAACUACUGAUGUCUUAAAUAUGACACAUAUGAUGAGCCUGAAUUCCAAUGAAAAAUCAUUAAAAUUAUCGCCCAUUCAAAAACAAAAGGAUCACGAAUUUUCAGAAGAUGAUGAGCCAGAAGUCGUCCAUGAGGAAAUUAAGGAAUAUCUAGAAGGCAAGAAGAAAACUACAGGAGACAAUAAAAGUGUUCCUGCAGACGACCACAGUGAAACCGACAACUCAGUUAAAACGGACACAAAAGCCAACCGAGAGGAACGGGCCAUUCAUGAAUACAGUGAAAAUCCAAAAGGAAAUAUGCAUGAUCGUGCAAAGAGCAGUUCUUCAGAAAUCCUGGAAGAUAGUAAAUCAACAAAAAAAUCGAAGAAGCUGUUAUCUGCAUUCUGCCUGUCCGCAGCCCUGGCCUCCCCUGAGCAGCAGAUUUUCCUCUUUAAAAGGAUGUCAUUGACGAGCCAGAAAAGUAGAAAGCAGAAUAAUAAUGAGCCACUCCCAGAGACAAAAUCAAUAAGAGAGAAAAUAGCUUUUAAAAGGAAUAAGAAAGAUGCCAACAAGAACCACAUGGGGCAAAAUCAUCAGGAUACCUCACCCCCAAAUAUGGAGAGACGAUCAAAAUCUUGUGUAAUACUGUGAAUAUAUGUUUAUGUUUUCAUGGUCACCACACCCAUUAUAAUUUAUACUUGAAAAACAUUUGAGUUCUGACGGAAAGUUUCUAAUAACAAACUUUUAAAGAUACAACUUGAGAAUAUGUUUUAUUUGGUUUGAAUAGUAUGACCAGUUUUGAUAUUUAUUUAAAUGCUGAUAUUUUUGACAAGCAAUUUCAGAAUAUGUGUAUCUCAGACUCUCCUUCAAGUGUUGUGGCCUUAACUGUUCAGUGUUGCAAUAUAAAAUAUAUUUUUAUAUGUGAAACCUAAAUUAAGAUAUUUCAUAGGUUUUACUAAAUUUUACUUCUUUGUAAUUUCACAAGGCAAUAUUUGCAAUCU